AUGUCUAUGCAUCGGAGGGCGCCGCGUCUGGAGAAUAAGUUAGAGAUGAAGUGGCUCGAAUGCCAAGUGAUCGUUGUGCUCGGCCCAGACGAGAAUGGAAUUGAGUGGUGCGCGCGCCAUCGGGACAAUCGACGAGCAUCUGUUGCAGCGCAUGUCUGGUUUGAAUGUGUUCGUCCAUACGAUAGAGAACCUUGUGAACGUUUACACUGGAGGAAUUCUCACCCAGGGAGAAUAAGGAUAUCAGGCGUGGAAAGAAAGUUGAUAGUUUUAGAUGAACACAUCGUCAAGCAAGUUGUAGAGCGUGUUGUUCAUGGACGUUCGAGUCCAAGCACGCCAAAGCAAGAGCGAACGGUCAGCCCUACGAUUACUGCAUUGUGGAGGUCGAUAUCGCCUAUGAGUUUUCCCUCGCUGACUCUUAUAAAAGAGAAAGGGAACCUCAGCAUCCUGUUCUUCACUGGCUCGCGCGCGCCUUUGGAUACACAAGAUAUCGACACAGCCCCGAUAUCCUCAACCACUCAAGGCCUGUGCCUCAUUCUUGAAGAUUCAUACGCCGUUUCCAAUCUACCCAGUAAGACCUACGCAUUCCUGUCGAAUCGCCACUCUGCGAGCACCAUCAAGGGAACCACCAAGGAUUUUGAUAGCAGACGACUUGAUGUGUCUUCAGAAGACUUGGCAACGUCGCCGAAGGUUGUUACCUACUCUACGAUUUCUCCUCCAUUCUAG